UAAUUCAUUUAUAACUACCCGUCCCAUCAGUCUCAGCGCCGGGCUAUGAGAACAAGUCGUUGACAGUAAACGUGAAGACAAACGAGAAUCAGAUAAUGAAUGUCAUUCUGGACUCAAUCGGACUGUCGAUGACAUAUCAUAGUUACGACACAAUGGCCGCACUUUUAGCCAAUUUUACCGAUAAAUAUCCGGAGAUUACAUCACUGUUUAGUAUUGGAGAAUCCGUCCAAAAGCGCAAAAUAUUGGUGUUUAGGAUCGGAUCGGAGUCCAAGAGGAGGGGCGCAGAGACGGCAAACAUACGGUUUAUCGGCGGACUUCAGGGCCACGAGAGGGCCACUACCGAAGUGUUGAUCCAAUUGGUUGAUUACCUGCUGAGUCGGUACCGGAAAGACACGUUUAUCACGCAAUUGAUUGAUAUGACGCACAUAUACGUCCUGCCGAUGGCUAACCCGGACGGCGCUGAGUUGGCACAGUUAGGCAAAUGUGACAGCAUUAAAGGGUUGGCCAAUGCCCGCGAUGUGGACCUGGAUCAGUCAUUCUUGGAGGGGAUGGCUAAGAGACCCCCAGAGACCCUGGCUAUUAUGGAGUGGACUAAACGCGAGAACUUCUUGGUGUCGGUGACGAUGAGGACGGGCGGGAAUGUGGUCACCUAUCCGUUCAGUUCAAUGGUUUCCAACAACCGACUGCCCCUCUCUGAGAUAGACAAGCAGUCCUUCGAGCACUUGGCGAACAUCUACUCGAAAGCGCACCGGGAUAUGCAUUUGGGAAGCGCCCGGUGCGGCCACAGCAACCGUAACCGACUGAUCAAAAACGGUUUCACCACCGGUUCC